AUGGAUUCCUCAGAUAGCAAUGUCUCAGAGAUAGGACAAUUAGUUAGUGAUCUCGAGGCUGCAUCUCAACUUCAUCAAAGAGGUAAAGCUUAUAAGAGGACUUACAAUAUCUUCGAUAGCGAACAAAAAGUGAAUAGUUGGAAAUUCAAUGAAUGGGAUUAUGGUAAGAAUAAUAUCAAGUUGCCCACCAAUGCGAGAGGCCUCUUUAUCCUUGAUGAUCCAAACGAUCCACGAAUUGUUGCUAGAGGUUAUGACAAAUUUUUCAAUAUCGACGAAGUUCAAAGUACCAGAUGGCAGUGGAUCGAGGAGUUUACGACAGGACCAUAUGAAGUCACUGUUAAAUCUAAUGGCUGCAUCAUAUUUAUAUCUGCCUUAGAAGACGGCACAAUAGUAGUCUGUUCUAAACAUUCAACUGGACCAAGAGAUGAUGUAGAUAGAAACCAUGCAUUGGCCGGCCAAGAUUUUCUAAUGAGACAAUUAAAUAAUUUAAAUGUAGAUAGUAAAACAUUUGCGAAGGAACUAUAUGAUAACAAUUUGACUGCAAUUGCUGAAUAUUGUGACGACACUUUUGAAGAACACAUAUUAGAGUACGGUGAAAAAGAAAGAGGUCUAUACUUACACGGAUUGAACUUAAAUGAAGCCGAAUUUAAAACUUUACCAAUGGAUAAGGUACACCAAUUUAGCGAGAAGUAUGGAUUUAAACCAACAGAGUCAAUGCUUGAAGGAAGCGUUCAUUCAUUAAGGAAGUUUCUGGAAAAUUGUGCUGCUAAGGGUUCUUUCCAAGAUCGUGAAUUAGAAGGUUUUGUUAUCAGAUGUCAUCUGAAGGAUGAAAACAAGACCUUUUUCUUUAAAUACAAAUUUGAAGAACCUUAUUUGAUGUAUCGUCAAUGGAGAGAAGUUACAAAGAAAUAUAUCGAGGAUGGUACUCGAGUAUUUAGGUUUAAAAAACAUAAGUUUAUUACAAACAAGUAUUUGGAUUUUGUGAUACCGUUACUGGAUAAUGAUCAACAAUUACGUGAGAAUUAUUCAAACGGGUUUGGUAUCAUUAAAUUAAGAAACCUCUUUCUAGAGUCAUACGGUAUGAGUGGUAUGGAGAUUUUAAAUCAUGAAAAAAUUAAAGAAUUAGAAUUAAGAAAUGCUGUAGAUUAUAACAAGAUUGAUGAAAAUACAAAGUUUUUAAUAUUUCCAAUUGCAGUAAUUGGAUGUGGUAAGACCACCACUGCGCUAACAUUGUCAAAUCUGUACGGUAAUCAGUGGGGACAUAUCCAAAACGAUGACAUUAGAGGUAAAGAUAAAGCACAAUUAAUUAAGAAGUCUCUCGAAAAAUUAAGUGAAAGCGGUGUCAAGUGUGUAUUUGUUGAUAGAAAUAAUCACCAAUAUCGUGAACGUCAACAAUUGUUCGAAUGGGUCGAUGAAUAUAAGGAAGAAUACAUGUCAUACGAUACUAAUAUCAAGAUAAUAGGUAUAUCAUUCCUGGAUGGUACCGAUAUCGAAAGAGUUAAAGAGGUUACUAUCGAGAGAGUACUCGAAAGAGGUGAUAACCAUCAAACUAUUCAAUUGAAUAAACAUGGAGAAAAAAAAGUGAUUGGCAUUAUGAGUGGCUUUUGGAAGAGAUUCCAGCCUGUUGAAGUGAAUAAGUAUCCUGAUAACGCAUUCGAUUUAAUGAUAAAUCUAAAAGUUGAUAGUGAAUCAUCGUCAUUGUCCAAUACUAGAGAGAUAAUAAGACAAAUACAUGAAACAUAUCCUGUACUUAUCCCCGAAUUACCUACUGAGAACGCUCUUGAAAAUGCAUUCAGAGCUGCAUUAGAACACAAGCCAGAAAAUAUCCCAAAAAUAGUCAAGGGACAACCUCAAAAGCCAGUAAUUAAAAAAUUAAAACCUUCGUUUUUCUCAGCAGCUUUCAUGAACAAACGAAUGCUGCUGGAUGAAAUACAAAAUACAAUAAACUCAAGUGAACUAAGUACAUUGUCUGUGAGUAAGAUGCUUGAGGAGAAUCAAACCCAGCCAGAGUUUCAUAUUACUUUGUCACAUGUUGUACAGGGCAAAAAAGGUGAUGCCCGUGAAAAGCGUAUUUGGUCAACAUAUAUGAAACACUACGAAGAAGAAAUGAUGAGAAUAUCUGAGUGUAUACUAAAGAAGAGACAAUCCGGAGAAAAUGUAAAUCCAGAUGCUCGCGAAGCCUUUGCAUGCAAUAACGGGGACCAUUUGAAAUUUAAAUUAAUUAAGUUAUGCUGGGAUGACAAGAUUGCGAGUGCAAUUGUACAAUUAGAUAGAGAUAUUGAUCACCAUAGUUGCAUUAGAGACAAAAACAAUCAAUUCAUUAAUGGUCUGGAUUGUACAAAUCUUAUUUCCCAUAUAACUAUUGGAAUUUUAGACGAGAAUACAAAGGCAUCAUACUCUAACCUUCUCUGUCAUAAAGUAAUGGAAGGGAAUGACGAGAAUGUAAAUGUUAUUGAUAUCUCUGAUGCAAUUACCCAUACUGCUGGCGUAUGUAUUAAUAUUAAUUAA